AUGGCUGCGAGCUUGCUGCUGGCCGCAGCUGUCUGCCUGGGGUCUGCGGCGGCCACUGGCGCCGCCGCGCCGCCGGGCACGUGCAUGCGGCGCCGGGAGCCGUGGCGCCCCGCGCCCGCAGUGUGCGCCAUCCCGCCUGAGCUUGUGCAUUUGGGUCAGGGGCAGCAGUGGGGCGGGCGCACGAAAGGCAACAACCAGCAGCUGCAGCAGCAGCAGCAGCAGCAGCAGCAGGCAUCAGACGCAGGCGUCCAGCUGGGUUUCUGCGCCGUCACCGGUGACGCCGCGGGUGACGCCGCGGGUGCCGCGGCCGGUGCGAGGUACAUCGUCCGCUUCAAUGCGUACAGCGCGGCGGAUGACCUGCGGCGGCAGCUGCAGCAG